GCGGGAGCGAGAGGGCGCCGCCAUGUCGGGGGAAGGCGCCGGCAGGCGGGCGGUGGGGCGGCGCAGCGCGUUGCAGGAUAAGCUACAAGAAGCAAUUUCUGCUCAUGCAGCAAGAGAGCAAACAGCUGAUUACUCAGACGAUUUUGACAGUGAUGAAGAUGACAUGUUAAAUGGUAUUGGGGAAGAACUUAAUGAAAGUAAUUCAGGUGCUGAAAGCACUAAGAAAGCAGUUGCUGUUGAGAGUCCUCUCUCAGAUGAUGAUGCUUCACAAAAAGCAGCAGAUUUGAAAAAUGAAGCUGCUGAUGACUUGGCUUUAUCCUUUCAUGAAAAGAAGCUUCAGCAAGUAAUGCUUUUAGAAAGUGAAAACAUACAGGAUGACAGAAAAGAUGGUGAAGAAGAAUGUUUGGAAAGUCAAAAUGAGGGUGAUGACAGAAAAAAUAAUGAAGAGUGUCCAGCUGCUGAAGAAGUACCAUGUGAUAAUAGUGAAAGUGACCAUUGUAAUGACUUGCCUAUUCAUGAACUACAGAAAAAAAGAAAGCAAGAGGAAAACAAACCAAUACCAAAGCCACGGGUGCACAAAACAAGAAAUACUUCAGCAUCAGCUGAGAAUAUCAGCAUUCCUUCAUUAAAUAGCUGCUACAAACCAUCACCUCAACCAAGAAUUAUGUUGAGAAAAAGUGGUCCUGUGGAAGAUAAUGAGCUUAAUAGGUCAGAAGGAAAAAUAACUUCUAGAAAUGGAUUUUCUUCGUUUUCGGCACCAUCAUCCCUAAUUACUCUGAAUGCCCGAGCCACACCCAAGAAAAAACUCCUUGCCAAAAGCCCUAAUUCUGAAGGUCCAUGGCUAGGAAGUACUUCACCACCAUUUUCCAUUAAUUUUACUACCCACAAUGAAAGAUCUGGAGACUCCAAUUUACUGAUGUGUGGAAAAGCACCACCUGUAAAAGAUCAGAAGAAGAUCAGCACCAGUGACUUGAAACUGGAGGACAAUAGUGGAAAAUCCUCUUCUGUGAUAGAAGUAAUGAUGACCACAGUAUGUGAAAAAACAAAGAAAUUAGAGAAGUCAAUAGAUGACAGUUCAGGUGAAACGGUGAAAAUAGUGGAAGGGCAAAUACUAACUGAUACAAUACCGGAGGUAUCAGCGAAUGAUCAAUCUGAGCAUGGGGAGGCAAAGAACACUUCAAAGGACUCUGUCAAGAAACUAGGUGAAACAAAGGAGAGAGUUCUACAAAACCCGAAAGCUUCUUUGUCUGUCAGGUCUCUGUCUUCUGCACACUUAAAGAAAAAGACAAAGGCUACAUCAGCUACACCUGUUUCAUCUCAAUAUCUGGGAACAUUAAAGGUGUUGGAGGAUAAACAUGUGCAGAAGAACAGUACAGAAUUUCAUAAAGCAGAUAGUUUACGAGCAGCUGUUUUCCAGAAUUGGUUGGAAAAGAAAAGGGUCUUUCUACUGGAAUUAAAGAGAACUGAAAAGGAGAAAGCUGAAAAUCUAAGGAAUGAUACUGAAAAGAAAGAAGCUGUUAAAAGAGAGGAAGCAAUUGCAUCUUUUGAAGCCUGGAAAAAAAAGAAAGGAAGAGAAGCAAAGAAGUUAAGUGAAAAAAAGAAGCUUGAGGAACUUAAGAAAAAGAAAGCAGCAGAACAGAAUGAGGAGAAAACAGAAGCAGCACAGAAGGCAUUUGAAAAAUGGAAAGAAAGUAAAGUGCAAUAUUUAAGAGAGCAAAGGAGAAAGGAGAAACAGUCUGAAAGAAUCAGGAAGAAGAAGGAGGAAGAACUGGUUGCAGAGAAGAAGAGAGACAGCAUGUCAGCAGUUGAAAAAUGGAAUGAAAAAAAGGAAGAAUUUAUAAAACAGAAGAAAGUAGAAAAAAUCCUAGAGAGAAGAAAGCAAGAAAUACAACAGGCAAAGAAGGAAGAAAAAAAUAUAAAGGCUAUGGAGGAAUAUGAAAGAUGGCUGGAAAAGAAAGAGAGGAUGGAGCAGCUCGAGAAGAAGCAAAAGAAGUUGAAGGCUGUCCAUGGGGAUGUAGUGCCUUCUCCCUGGAGUCCACCUGGCAAAGUCACAUAUUCAAGGAAUUACUGAGCAGUCUAUUGCCUUCUAUGAGAAGACAUGAUCCACAGAGUUAUGACAAUGGCUAGUCAUUAUUUCAAUAACAGCUGAUUUUCACUGUAUCCAUUAUAGAUGUUGUAUCCUUUCUUUUUGGUUUGUCAUCUCUGCAGUUUAAAUAGAUCAGUUGUCCCUUUCCAUUGCUUUAAAAAAUGUAUUAAUUUUUGUAAUUCCACAUUUAACUUAGUUUUGCUAAAUCCUGUGUUACUUUGUUCCUUUUUGGUGAAAGUGUAUAUUCAGGAUACAUAAGGCCGGACUCUGGCAUUUUUUUCACCCAAUAAGUAGCAGAAGGGUUAUUUUUAAUUUACUAGGCUACACUGCUGGGGAAUUAAGUCUGGAAGAAAUGCUUUGUGAAGUGGGGAGGAUGAUGGGCAAGAUGUUGGCUCUUUUGUGGUGAUAGAAGACAAACGGCUAAGCAGUAUGGUAAGGGGACGUCAUUUUCAUACAUGAAGAGACAAGCUACAGAGAACAUAAUAUAAUUCUUGGAGUAUGUUACAUUAUGAAAUACAGAAGUAGCUUUUAAAUUAAAACUGCAUUAAGCAGAAACAGGAUUUCAUGUGGCCAAAACCAGCCAGCCAUGUGAUGGUACAAAAGAAUUAAACUGGAAUCCAUAUAACGUAAAAUGAUCCAGGACUAAGUAAGACUGUAGCUGUUAAUCCAUUUCAGGUCUUCAUAUACAUUCCAUAGAUUGCCUGCUUCCUACAGGAAACAGUGGUUUUAGAGGCAUGUUUUGCAGUUCACACAAAAUCUUACACAAAAACUGCAAGGGCAGAACAGUGGCACUCCUAUGAGGCAACCUUAGACACUGAAAAUUACCUUUUUGGAACUUAAUUUAAAGGCUUCUGUGGUUGUUUGGACAUGAUCAAGUACAUCCUUCCCCAGUAUGUUUUCAUCAUUGCUAAUGAGCUAGUGGCUGUAGUAAAUUAUUAAAAUUUCUUCUGUUUUUUCAUGGCUAUUUGCCUCACUAUUUUGGAAACAAAUGCAAGACUACAUGUCUUUAGAGAUCUUCAAAUCUCUUGUUUGCCUACUGUCUUAAGUCAAGCUGUUAGUUAUGUUUGUAUUUUCUUAUUUGAAUUUUAAUAAUCACUCCAGAUAAGAUUUGCUCCUCAAGUGUGUAUUCUUAAAAAAACCUACAAAAAACAACAUCACCAACCAAGAAGUAAAAAAACCUAGUCUUUAAAUUAUAGAUGUAUUUUCUCAAAUGGGAAUCUUGCUCCUGUAUAGACUGACAGCCUCCUUGGGAAGUCGAAGGAGCAUUUGAGAAGUACACUUGCCUUUUUCACUCGAGUCUUAUGCUGUUCAUAAAUCACUGAGAUACUUAUGAAUUCUGCAUUUUAUGUAACACUAGGGCAUCUCCUCAGAAAAGAAGAACCACAAGACCAGCAACCAGAUGAAUUUCUUUAGUUUCCUGAUGUUUCUUGCUUGGUUUUUUAUGCUUUAGUGAGAGCCACUGAGGAUUUAGAGGUGUUUGGUUUGGCCAUAACUGUUUCUACUACCAGAAUGCUGUACAGGUGAAAUUUAUUGCUGGUAUAUAUGUAAAAGUAAGAUCAGAACAGUAUCUAUUCUCUCUCGUUGUUGAAUAUGGUCCUGUUCAUUAUUGUCAGUGUGAACUCUCGUUCUGUGAAUUCCUAAUGCAGACCUUUUGCACAGUUUAUGACAGGCAGAAGCAGGUGCUAGAAAGCAAAAAGGUAAGAUACAUUUGUUACAACAGUAGGUAGUGGUAUAGUUACCAUCAUUAACCUAAUUUCUAUUGAUAAACAAGUGUAGAGGAAGGCUUGUAAAAUGUACAAUAUUUCUAUUGCAUAGAAUCUAUUGACAGUGUCAAGAAGUAUUUGCUAAUCUUGAGAAUAAUGGUGAGGUUUCACUAGUAGUUGUGCUGGAUUUGUGUACAGCCAAAUCAUCUGACAGGUCGGUUUUGAUCCAUUGUGAGGAAUGGCUGCAGAUUUGAUACAGCUUCUAGAUUAAGUAUUUUUAUUGCAGGAUCACGUUUGAGUAUAUUGCCUGGUAUUUUACAUUGCAUGUCUCAGCUUCCAGCUGCCUUUCAUGCACCUUGUUCAUGGUAGCCCUGCUGUGUAUUGGGAUUUUUUGAGCAGGUCUCUGCUGGUCCUGCCUCUCGCUUUAAGUUCUAUUUCUUCCUCAAAAGACAAUUGUACUGGACCUGGCUUUUAUUCUUUUAUUUGUUUCUAGCCACCUGUCAUUGGGCUGCUUACCCAGAAAUGUUGUGGCUGGAACAGUUUUUGUUCCACUGAAGACUUUGUAGAGAAGCUAGGGACCUUUAGAACACCCAUCCUUUGAUUACGUACAGUCUGUGGGUUAUGCGCACUUGAUGUCUUCCAGUGGACCUUAAUGACAAUAGUGACCUUUUCGCCCCUUCUGUGAGAUUCAGAUUUGUGCCAAGUGUCAUCACUCGAAUGCUGAACUUCUGGGUAGGGCAGCAUUCAUAUGGGUUCAUGCUAAGCAUAUCUUUUUUCAUUUGGGGGGAGGAAGACGUUGGUUGAGAAGGGGAGAGGGCGGGAGAGAGGCUGGAGCUUUCAGAAGCACCCCGAGGCCUGCGGUCUGUUCUUGGAGGGCUCCUGGAGUCUGGCUGCGUUCCUAGGCCACUUGUGUUUUUUCUUGUAGGCUCUCUUCAUAGUACCCACACUGAGUGAGCUUCCUGCACUGCAGUGUUGCAGUGCAUUGCAUUACCACAGAAGUUCCCAGUUAGGGAAUCCUGCGCAUUAGGUUUUUUUGCAGAGAUCCAGCAAAUCUAGAUUUUUAUCUGGCUUAAGCUAGGCUGUAGCACAGAUAUUGCAGACAAGUGAACAUGGGGCUUUCAUAAACUCUGGGACUAGCUCUGGCUGUUACCUUAUGACCGAUCAGGCAUUUUUUCCAGCAGUAGUGGUAUCACAAUGACAGUAUUGGCAUCCAAGGAGAAAGAAUCCACUGCUGACAGAAACUUUCAAGAAGCUGAGGAGAUGCCCAGCCAGAGCAGCUUUAGUGGGCAACCUAAGAGGUAGGGUACAAUUACAGAUACCAGCAGGAGAGGUAGCAGAAUGACAGCACAGGCAGAAUGCAACAGAACUGCCAACUCAAAAUUGACCCACCCAAAUUUUAUGGAAAAAAAUUUGAAUGAAUUCAGGCAUUUAGGCUAGAGCAGUGAGGUGCAUCAUUGGUCCUCUAGGCUUCUAGCACUUUGAGCCUUGAAUUCAAGUUUAGUGUGUUAAACUAUAGCUAUAAUAUCAUGGGAAGAUGAAAUGUGUAGCAGACAACAGAGUUUGCUGUACAGCUGUCAUGAUCAGAUCAGGAGAGUCUGAGGCAAAGCAUGCAGCCUGUGAGAAACAAAUCGCCUGGAUCUUUAUUUUUGCAGUGUUCAGCUAAAGCAAGUAAGGCAGGUCCCUAUGCUGACAGGUCUGUAGUUGAGGGAUGCAAAUGAAAAGUAUGGUAGAGGUAGUGGCAGAGCUAAAAAAGCAUUUGUCAUGUGCCUGUGCCUGAACUGAAUACUGCAACCUUACUGGCUUUAAGCCUUUAGAUGAUUGGAUGGAAAAUUUUUGACAGAAGAUAGAAGUGGGAAGAUGUUGGUGACAUCUUUCAGAGGAGUGAUAUACCUGGCACUCACAUAAAUUCACAACUUUUCAAUUAGAAGAAGAUGCUGAAGAUCUGUAGACAUGGAAAAACAGUUGAUAAAACUGUGUUUAACUUUCUUAUAAAAAUUUUGGAAGCUUUGUCUAAUUUUACAUUGUAAAAACUUGGACAUGUUACAGCAUGAUGCAAAUGUAGAAAAAAUAGAGCUGAGAAAUAUGAACAUAUGUACAUUAAUUUAUAAAAAUGUACAUGUAUCUGUAUAAAUCCUGUUAAUAUGUUUAUUGAUGACAGAGGGAAACUAUAUUGUAUUUAAUAAAGUAUAUUUUAGCAUAA